UCCGCCACCCCCCCUCCUCCCUCCAUGGCGAUGGCCACCGCCGCGCUCUCCGCCUCCCUCCCGCGCCUCCUGCCGCCGCUGCCGCCUCGCCGCCGCCUCCCCGCCACGUCCCCCUCCCCCUCCCCCCGCGGCGUCCGGCUGCUGCCGCCGCCCCGCCUCGCCGCCGCGGCCUCGGCGCCCUCCGAGGUCCUCGACUCCACCAACGGGGCCGUCCCCUCGGGGAGGGGCGGCGGGGGGCAGCAGUACGGGAGGGAGUAUUUCCCCCUGGCCGCUGUCGUCGGGCAGGAUGCAAUUAAAACUGCUCUGCUGCUUGGGGCAAUUGACCGUGAAAUUGGAGGCAUUGCCAUCUCAGGGAAGCGUGGGACAGCAAAGACAGUGAUGGCUCGUGGCUUGCACGCUAUGCUUCCACCUAUUGAAGUGGUAGCAGGCUCGAUUUCAAAUGCUAACCCUAACUGCCCAGAAGAAUGGGAGGAUGGUUUAGCUGAACGGGUUCAAUAUGAUGCUGAUGGUAACUUGAAGACUGAGAUUGUCAAAACACCUUUUGUGCAGAUCCCGCUUGGUAUCACUGAGGAUAGGUUAAUUGGAUCAGUUGAUGUCGAAGCGUCUGUGAAAUCAGGAACUACUGUGUUUCAACCUGGUCUUCUUGCUGAAGCUCACAGAGGUGUUCUUUAUGUUGACGAGAUAAAUCUAUUGGACGAGGGCAUAAGCAAUCUCCUUCUGAAUGUCUUGACAGAGGGAGUCAAUAUUGUCGAAAGAGAAGGCAUUAGCUUUCGUCAUCCGUGCAAACCACUUCUAAUUGCUACUUACAACCCAGAGGAAGGAUCUGUACGUGAACACUUACUUGAUCGUAUUGCAAUUAAUUUAAGUGCUGAUCUGCCAAUGAGUUUUGAUGAUCGUGUGGCAGCUGUGGAUAUUGCGACACAAUUUCAGGAGUCCAGCAAAGAGGUUUUUAAAAUGGUGGAAGAAGAGACUGAGGUUGCAAAAACACAGAUAAUUUUGGCAAGAGAAUAUUUGAAAGAUGUUGUAAUCAGCACAGAGCAGCUCAAAUAUCUUGUCAUGGAAGCCAUGCGUGGUGGUUGCCAGGGGCACCGGGCUGAGCUGUAUGCUGCUCGAGUGGCAAAAUGUCUUGCUGCAAUGGAAGGGCGUGAAAAAGUAUAUGUGGAUGACCUUAAGAAAGCUGUAGAGCUAGUUAUUCUACCUCGAUCAAUCCUAUCUGACAAUCCACAGGAGCAGCAAGACCAGCAACCUCCACCUCCACCCCCACCGCCACCCCCUCCACAAGAUCAAGAUUCUCAAGAAAAUCAAGAUGAGGAGGAGGAAGAAGAACAAGAGGAUGAUGAAGAAAAUGAACAACAGGACCAGCAGAUACCCGAGGAGUUCAUUUUUGAUCCUGAUGGUGGUAUAGUAGAUGACAAGCUCCUUUUCUUUGCUCAGCAAGCACAAAGACGGCGAGGAAAAGCUGGACGAGCAAAGAAUCUCAUAUUCUCAUCUGAUAGGGGUCGAUAUAUAAAUUCUAUGCUUCCCAAGGGUCCAAUAAGGAGGUUAGCUGUUGAUGCCACACUUCGAGCAGCUGCACCAUAUCAAAAACUGAGAAGAGAGAGAGAUCUUGACAAGACAAGAAAAGUUUUCGUUGAAAAAACUGACAUGAGAGCCAAAAGAAUGGCUCGAAAAGCAGGCGCGCUGGUCAUAUUUGUUGUGGAUGCUAGUGGUAGCAUGGCUCUAAAUCGCAUGCAGAAUGCUAAAGGUGCAGCGUUAAAGUUGCUUGCAGAAAGCUACACAAGCAGAGAUCAGGUUUCAAUCAUUCCAUUUCGUGGAGAUUUUGCUGAGGUUUUACUUCCGCCUUCAAGAUCCAUAGCAAUGGCCCGCAGACGUCUUGAGAAGCUACCAUGUGGUGGUGGUUCUCCUUUAGCUCACGGCCUUAGUACAGCUGUCAGAGUGGGGUUGAAUGCUGAAAAGAGUGGUGAUGUUGGACGCAUCAUGAUUGUUGCAAUCACCGACGGAAGAGCCAAUGUGUCACUAAAGAGAUCAACUGAUCCAGAAGGUACUUCAGAUGCACCAAGACCUUCUUCUCAAGAAUUAAAGGAUGAGAUACUUGAGGUGGCCGGCAAAAUAUACAAGGCUGGAAUGUCACUUCUUGUCAUUGAUACUGAGAACAAGUUUGUAUCCACAGGAUUUGCCAAGGAAAUUGCAAGGGUCGCACAAGGAAAAUACUAUUACCUGCCAAAUGCUUCAGACGCUGUUAUUUCCGCCGCCACCAAGACUGCACUUUCGGACUUGAAGAGCUUGUGAUUCCGAAGACUAUUUGACCUUCAGAUAAUUAGCGGUGUGCUACCUUCAUCUUUCACUGGUACAGCAGCGUCCAUGUCCAUGUUUUGUGUAACUUUGAUAACCAAUUUUGGCUUAGGAUUUUUACCGUGAGAGUUCGAAUCCGGGCGUAGCAUCGAGUAAAAUUGUAAUUCUUCUUUGUAAUAAUUGGCCAUGUAAAUAUGGUGUUCUUGAGUACAGUUUUAAGUAACAUUCAUAAAGAAGCUUUUUUUGUGAAACUUUUCUAAUCGAAUUUAAGUUUAAGACCUUAAUACAUGUGCUUAUA